GGAAAGUUGUCCAUAGACAGCCAGCGAUUAGCAGCCGAAGCUAAUCAACAGCUACACAGUCCGCAGCUGACACUGACAACAAACACACAGAAGAUGAAGCUGUUUUGCUUAUGCUUGUGCCUGUUACUACCUCUGGUUAGCCACGCCUAUCCUGCCACAAGCAGCACAGCGGGUGACAAAUCUCUGUCGCUGGAGGACACAGAUCUGGACAAUGAGCAGGGCGAGAGCGUCAAGGAUUCGCAGAUAGCAAAGCGCUCCGGCAGCUUUGAUUAUGUGGCGCAUCUGAAGUCCGGGCUGUUGAGCAGCAUUGGCGGCGCCUCCGCUUCUAUAGCCUCGGGCAGUUCGGGCGGCAGCAGCGGCGGCGGCGAGACCCAUCACCAUGAAGUGGUGGUGCAUGGCAACUCGGUGGACUAUGAUCCGUGGUCGUUCAAGAAGUCUGUGCUGAACACCAUCUUCCAGGCAGUCAAAGCCAUUACGGGUGGCGUUACCGCUCUCAAGGGUCAGCUGAUCAAGGGCAGCGGCUAUGCGUUGAGCGCUGGUGGCAAUCUGGUGGCCGCUUCCGGUGACAAGGUCACCGACGUGGGCAAAUCCAUUAUCAACUCGGCGCACAUCAACUCACACACGUACGCCACGAGCCACUCGAGCGGCGGCGGCAGCGGCUUCAUCCAUCCAUUUGCUAAGCUCAGCUCGCUGUCGGGUGCCUCGUCCGGCGGCAGUAGCGGCAGCAAGCAUUCCUCCUCGGCACCAGGUCCCGUGCUCCAUUCAGAGACCAUAACCACAUACGAGAUACCAACGGGUCAUGCCAACUAUGGUCCACCAUCGAAGCCGCCAACCUUUAGCAGCGCCACACAUCAAUACCUGCCACCCGGUGGCUCCAACUAUGGUGGUGGCGGCGGCAGCGCCGGUGCGCCGUUUACCAUUGGCCAUGCGGCCUUCGAGGCGCCACAGAGCAACUAUCUGCCCUCCGCCUAUGGACAAGAUGUGACCACCGCCGGCACAGACGACUUCAACGUCUAUGGACGCCACAAGAAGCUCUCGGAUGAGGAGGCACGCAAGGCGGCGCUGCAGCUGCAGGAGAUCUUAGGCAUGCUGCCCAAUGGCAAGACGGAAUAUACAGCGUCCAAGACUGUGGAGCUGAAUACGAAUGGUGGGCCCACUGGCUCCAAUGUGGAGCAGGCCGAUCUGUAUAAUAGCUACGGCGUGCCACUGCCCAAUAAUCUGGGCACAUUGGAGUCCCUGUCGCACACAGAGUCCAUAACAGCUGCCUAUGCACCGAGCAGUCAAGGUCCCGCCGAUAUAUACCAUCAAAUGGCCAAGAGGCCGCAGACUGCAGAGGAGGCGUACAUACAGAAGCAUCCGAAUGAAGGCUACGAUUAUCCACCAGCAGCAGCACCACCACCACCACCACCAGCGUCGAGCAACAAUGACUACAAAGUGGAUAACUAUCACGCGAGCAAGAGCAAUGCGCUCAGGGAUCUGUCGCCCAUUAUAGCCGCCCUGGAGGUGGCCAAGCGCAAGGGACCAUCCGGCAGCAGCAGCAACGCCCCCGUCACCUACUCCAUUGAGAAGCAGGUGCACAAGGUGGCACCGUUCCAGUAUUUGCCGCCCGUGGUGCAAAAAUCCAAAUAUGUCUACAGUGCACCGCCCAGGCCCGCCUACAGCGGUGGCUACAAAGUGCGACGUCAUGUGGCUGCCAGGCGACCAGCCAUGUCCCGGCCGCAGGACUAUGAUAUACAGGAUCCCCUAAUGUUCAAUCGUCUGCUGGAGGUGUAG